AUUGGAAUAGUAUGCUCGUUGAAAAAGACGAAACAAUUGUAAAAUGGCGAAGAGAAUACUUAGAAAAAAUAAGAGAACUUCGUGCAUCUAGCAUAUGAUCUAGCAUCUAGUAAUAAUUAAGAGAUACCUCUAAUUACAUGGAUAGUUUACAAAAAGCGCGCAUCUGUCAGUGUUUGAAUUAUUAAAAGUAAAUCAAUAACAGCUGUUUUCUCUAGUAUGUAUUUCAGUUCUGUACCUAUUUUAAUCUCGAUUAAAUGCGUAGUAAUAAGAAAGGCUACAAUAAUAAAAUAAAGUUAAUUUUAUAUUAAAUAAGUAUUAUGAUUACAAACAAUAUAAUAAUAGAAAAAAUGCUGCUACCAUUAUUAUUAAGAUUAGUGCUUUUCUAAACGCCUGGUAAAUUAAUGGAAACCUAUAAAUAUAGCAUCAGUUAGCUUUUUAAUGAAUUUAGGAAUUCAAAAUGAGUACCCCUUUAAGCAGAGGGUGUUCCUACAGUCCAACUGAAUCUUUUGAGUAUACCGCAUUGCAAUUUGCAGUAACAAGGGGAUCUGUAGAACAAGUUAAAUAUUUAAUAGAAAGUGGUACAGAGCUGGAUGUAGGCCCAGACCCUGCUUUGCAUCUAGCUCUUCGUAAGCGGCAUAGUGCUAUAGCACAGAUACUAAUUCAAGCUGGAUCUGACUUUGAAAUGAAGGAUUCACAUGGAGAUUAUCCAAUUCAUAUAGCUUGUGCUCUGGGCCUUUUUGAAAUUGUGCGUACAUUAUGCUCUUUAGGCUGCAGUGUAGAAGUGGCUACAGCUAAAGGCCUCUCUCCAUUGCAUUUAGCAGCAAAAAAUGGUCACAUAUCUGUUGUUAGGUGUCUUUGUGCAGCAGGUUGCAAUAUUGAUGUACGUAACUAUGACAAUAUUAGGGCAGACAUAACUGCGCUGAAAUAUGGUCACAAUGAUAUAGCAGAGCUUUUAGAUCGUCUGCGUGCUACUGGUCAGAGGGACGUGUUUGCCAGACAAUUGGUUCCUACGUCUAGGCCAGCUUUAAGAAUAUCGCUCCGGCUUUUAGGUCAUUGUGGAGUUGGUAAAACAGCAGUUAUUAAAUCAUUAGGAGCUGGGUUGUUUAGCUCGCUUUUUAGGAGAUCCAGCUCCUUGCAAAGUAACAAAUCGAGGCCUUCUUCUCCUAUAAAUACACAAAUUGAAAUGGAUGUUACCUCUAGACAAAAUUCUUUAAGUUUUGAAUCUACCGGAAAUUAUCAGUCAACUAAUGGAAUUCAUGUACAAAAUAUGGACAUAUCAAGUGUUGGUGAUAUUACCAUAUGGGAAUUCUCAGGUCAGGAAAGCUACUUUCCAGUAUAUCAUCAUUUUUUGUGGCCGUCACCAUAUACUAUGACUGCUAUAUUGUUUAGUUUAGACGAUUCUCCUUCUACUCAGGUACAACAAGUUUGUUAUUGGUUAAAUUUUGUACUUGCAAGACAAUCUGCCGACCUACCCUCAAUGGAAUAUGGUCAAAUUUUAUUGAUAGCAACACAUGUGGAUCUAACAAGAGCUGUUAAAACACAACAAGGCGAAUGGAUAUGUCCGGAUGCUCAAAAAACAUUAGAAACAGUUAAGAAAUUGCUUCCACAUGUACCCAAUUUGAUGUCUAAUGUUAUAAUUAUGGAUUCAAAUGUCCCUGCUUCGUUUGCCUUUAAGCAGCUAAAAACAUUAUUAUCUGGUUUAAAACAAGACUGUAUCCAGGAAAAAGUUUAUGUUCAAUCAGUUUUUCAUAAAAGAGGGACAUAUGACUUAAUAACAUCACAAAAUUCAAAGCAAACUAUAGGUACAUGGACUGGGCUAUUAGAAAAUACUUUGACUUGGUUAGUUACACUACAGAAAGAUUUUGAACAAUUUCCUGUAUUGGCUCAGUCUGUUUUUGCUGAUUUAUUGAGGAAUCAAGUAAAUCUUUUAGCUUCUGAUGAUCACAUUCACGAGUUGCUUCAGCAGCUUCAUUCUAUGGGUGAGGUGUUUUGUAUACAAGACUUAGUUGUUAUAUCUGUACCGUGGCUGGGAAAUCAGUUGAUAGGAGAACUGCUUUCUACCCAAUUUUUGUUACACGCUAGAGUGACCGGAGUGUACACCAUAGAAGACUUCCAGGCCAGUUUUAAUCAGUGUGAUGCUUUGGGUGUUUUAGAUUUACUAGAAGCUUUAGAUCUAUGUGUACAGUGCGAUAUAGAGGGUGAAGUUGAAUAUGAGUUUCCCAUAUAUAAUCACACAGAAACGCUAGAAGGGUUGUGGGAUGCAGGUGAUCCUAGAUAUUCUGAAAAUUCAGCAUGUUAUGGUGGCAUUCGACUGUACACAUCCCCAGGGACUUCUCAUUUGUUGAAAUCAGUUUUCCCGCAUAUUCAGGUUGAGCUACGAAGAGCAACACUAUCUAGCUACAGCAACAAUGAUGGCGACUCAGACUUAUACCAGUGGUACUUAGGUUCAAAACUGUGCAAUUUAGACCUUGAAAGCCUCAUUACUCUGGAAGAAGAUGAACGUAGCACCCAAUUUAUAGAAGUUAAAAUAAGGGGACCAACUGAAACUGCGAAAUCUUGUUUUUAUUUUCUGGAACAAAUUAUGCUUACAAUUGCACAGUCAAUUUAUCACGUUUGUCCGGGACUGCUAAUAGAAAAGCAUAUUUUAAGUCCUUACGAGUUAAGGAUGCACGCAUUGGAUCCUUUCUGUUACGAACCGCAGUCCGUAACCUCGGCUAUGUUAGAAGCUGAAUCAACGUUAGAUCUUACACUUUUAAAUCAAAAUGUUAACAUACUCGAAACCAUAGUACAACUUAUCAUGUUUGAUGAUGUCGAACUGGCAAACAAUAUUCAGUGGGGAUGUGCUCUGAAAGUGCAAGACCUUCCUGCUCCUGUAAAAUUAAAACUAUGCGGUUUGUUAGACCCACCGGAACCUCAUGGGAGGGACUGGUGUUUACUCGCUCUUCGAUUAGGGCUGUGCCAAGAAAAGAUAGCCGCGCUUGAUUCUCAACACUCCAGUCAUACUAUGAGACUGUUAACUACGGCAGACUGUUCUAUAGGUGCUCUGAUUUCCAGUUUGCAUGAAUUAGACCGACUAGAUGUUGCAGAAGUGGUACUACGUUCCGCUCCCAUUUUUAAAGUUGUAGAGCAUGUCAAUGUUUAGAGUUAGCUUUAUAUAAUAAAAACAUAGGUGGUUAAAGAAGUCUAAAAAUGUGUAAAUAAUAAUAUUAACACUGAUAUCAUUAUUUAAAUUUCGUAAUUAAUCUAAUCGGGGCUCGUACAGUCAUGAAUAGUGAAUUAUGAUUUGUGAAUUGUUGAGAUUGGCUAAUUUAAGUGAAAAGAUGGCGUUUUCCCUUAAAUCGGUCGAUGGAAAUAAUACUCACAUUUCACAAUUUGUGACUGUGUGAACGUACUUCAUAAUGUAUUUUAUGUGGUUUAAGGGGGAACAUUCGAUUAGACAGAGGAAAAAUCUCAAAACCUAUCUGUUCAAUUUUAUCAAGGUUUAUUUUAUUCCAAAAUAUGCAUGUUGAGGUAUGCUGACAAAUUUCUUUAUAAAUAUACAUCGACUGGGAGUACUGCUGUCACAACCGGUAUAGAAAAUGUUCCUCGCUCGCACGAUGCCGUUCCCAAGAUUACAUGCAGUCGGUAGAUUUGAUUUCAAAAGUUUCUCAAAAUAUAAUGUAUGAUGUCCAACAUAGGAGAAAACAAUUUUUUUACAUGAAAUGGUGGCCGACUGAAUUUUACAUUCAUUUUUCAACCUUAAUUUCAGAUCUUUCUGACUUGAUAAAAAAAAUAAGUACAAAAGAAUCCUAUGUUCCGAAGUAGAAAACCUGCUCGAAAAGCAAUUUGUCCGAAUAUUCUGGGAACCGUUUUUGAAUAAUAUGUUUUGAGAUAAUCGCAUUCAUCACUUGGCCUUUGUCAAUUCUUUAAUUGAUGCGCUUGGGAACUUGGUCGCUUGUCGGCUUCUCGGUAAAUCGCCCAUAACUUUUACAGUUCUUGGAAUACCAAGAUAACUUUUAUACAAAAUAUCCUUCAUGUUCCAAACUUGGGGAUUUUUUUUUGGAAAAAUCGAUUUUUAUAAAAAAUUCAUAAUUUCAUAAUUUACAAUAUAUUGAGACUUUUUUUUACUUUACCAUUAAUGUGCGAUUCCUGGACCAAAGGGUAGACCCUCCGCAGCACUGGCAGCAUUCUCUGCAGUGAUCCAUGACUGCCUUCGCUCUUUUCACUUGUGUUAUGACUUCGGUGGUACAGUGCCGGCACUUUGAAAGUGGACGACUCUUAUAAGUAAAUUGUCUAUAACUGGCCUUUGUGAAGCUGACUUUGAAAAUGUGAGAUUCAAAUCGGCUGUCAUUAUGUCAAAUUUAAUGUGUGUCUAUCAUAUUAGUUCUAGUGAGCAAAACAAAUCCAAAUUAGGCAGCAAAUUAAUUAUUUUUCCAAUACUGAAAUAUAUUAUACAUUCUAACAAUCAUUCAUUUGCCGUCAACGAGAUCUAAAAAUGAAACACUUUUCGUCGUCGUCAAAAAAAAAACGAUUCGUAAAGUUAGUAUUUUGUCCUAGCACCAUUUUUGUCUAUAACACUGCAAUCUACAUGGCAUUGAUAAAAUUAAUGUUCUUGUUAUAAUCCUCAGUGAUGUUAUUCCAUGCGUUUUCAAUUGCCUCCCAAAGUUUUUCGACGUUAACUGGACGGAAGUUUCUGUCGUAAAUUUUUUUCACUAUAUAUCCCCAGGACU